AUGCAGGGGGAGGGGCUGUGUGAGGAAGGGGAGGGGGCACUGGGCAGUAACCCCGCCUCCCAGGAGGAAGAUGGGCGGGGCGAGGAGUUUCCUGCACUGUGUUCCAGCCAGGACCAGGCCAUGAUGCAUGACUGCUACAGCAAGAUAGUGGACAAGCUGUCUGCAGCCAACCCCACUAUGGUGUUACAGGUAAAUACUUCCCCCUACCACAACCCCACAAUGGUGUUACAGGUAAAUACUUCCCCCUACCACAACCCCACCAUGGUGUUACAGGUAAAUACUUCCCCCUACCACAACCCCACUAUGGUGUUACAGGUAAAUACCCACCACCCCCCCCCACCACCCCACCCCCCCCCCCCCCCCCGCACCCACCCCACACCCACACCCACCCACCCACCCCCCAAACGCCACCCACCACCCCCCACCCCCCCCACCACCCCCCCACCCCCCCGCCCCCCACCCCCCCCACCCCACCCACACCCCCACCCCCCCCACCCCCCACCCCCCAGCCCACCCCCCCCAACCACCCACCCCCCCCCACACACCCCCCCAAACCAAACCCCACCCCCCCCCACCCACCCACCCACAACCCACCCCCCAACCCCCCACCACCCCCCCCACCCCAAACACCCCCCCACCCCACCCACCCACCCCCCACCAACACCCCCACCCCCCCCCCCACCCCCCACCCCCCCCCCCCCACCCCACCCCCCCCCCCCCCCCCCACCCCCACCCCCCCCCACACCCCACCCCCACCCACCCCCCCCCCCCCCCCCCCCCCCCCCCCCCCCAUUCCACCCCCCCCCCCCCCCACCCACCCACCCCCCCCCCCCCCCACCCCCACACCCACCCCCCCCCCAACCCACCACCCCCCCCCAACCCCCCCCCCCCCCCCCCCCCCCCGCACCCCUCCCCCCCCCCCCACCCCCUAACCACAACCCACGAGGUGGGGACAGGUAAAGAAUUUUCCCUUAACCACAAACCCCACCAUGGGGUUACAGGUAAUACUUCCCCCUACUGCAAACCCCACACUAGGUUGUUACAGGUAAUACGACUCACCCUACACAACCCCACCAUGGUGUUACAGGUAAAUACUCAUUCCCCCUAACACAAACCCACCAGGUGUGACAAGUGGAAAUCUUCCCCUAACUACUGGUGUUAUAGCUAAAUACCUCCCCCCUACUACUGGUGUUACAGCUAAAUGCUUUCCCCUCAUUACUGGUGUUACAGUUCAUUAUGUCCCCCUAGUCCUAGCUAGCUCCCCACUCAUGCUGCACAUAAUUAUACACUCUUGAGUAAUGUUACACAGCAUGUAGACAUUUCGAAACGGUUAAUGAAUUACCUGUCCAUACAGGCUACAACUAUUUCCAAAGCAAGAGGAUAAUUUAACCCCAUAGUUAGCUAGCUAUUAAACAACAUUCAGCAUUCAAAGAAAGCUAACUUUCCUCAGUUCACUACCCUAGACCCUUAUUUGUGAUAAUAUGCCAACCAUAAUGUAAAAUAUGCUGUUUUCAAAGCUGAUUGUCACCAAACACUUUCAUUCACUGGGUUAAAUGAUUUGUCUUUCCCUCGGCGAACUGACUAUGCAUCUCCGUGCAUCGUGACUUGUGAAUGACCGCAGUCUUCUUAAAGAGACGGCACGUAUUUAAGAGAAGAAAUGCAACUCUUAUAAAGAAUAUUUAGAACUGUUAUUAUUCAGAAACACAAAAUACUGUCAAAUACCAUCAUACUGUCUAAAAUGAGACUAAUAUCGAGAUAUGACAUUUUGGCCGUAUCGCCCAGCCCAGCUUGUGUCUUGUGGGGACCUGGGAGUCUUGUGGGGACCUGGGAGUCUUGUGGGGGACCUGGGAGUCUUGUGGGGGACCUGGGAGUCUUGUGGGGGACCUGGGAGUCUUGUGGGGACCUGGGUAGUCUUGUGGGGACCUGUGCUAACCAAGUGUGACUUUGUGUGUCCGUCCGUGGGUCCCCAGGUGCAGAUGCUGGUGGGAGAGCUGCGCCGCGUGACACUGCUGUGGGAUGAGUUGUGGCUGGGGGUCCUGCAGCAGCAACACAUGCACGUCCUGCGCAGGAUACAGCAGCUGGAGGACGAGGUCAAGAGAGUGCAGAACAACAACACACUACGCAAGUGAGUCUCUCCACACACCACAGGACCCACACACUCAGGGCCCACCCACUCAGGGCCCACACACACAGGGCCCACACACUCAGGGCCCACCCAUACAGGGCCCACACACUCAGGACCCACACACUCAGGGCCCACCCACUCAGGGCCCACCCACUCAGGGCCCACACACUCAGGGCCCACACAACACACACUACUAGGAUACAUGAUGAAUCUCAAACGCAUGUUUCAGAAUGACCUAACUCCAGUCACAAAACAAUCACUUAUACACAUAAGUAGCAGAAUAGUGUGUCAUGGCCUGUGUGGUCCAGUGGUUAACGCUGUGGCCCCUGUCUCUGGUACUGUAUAGUCUAGGCUGGCUGCAGAGGUUAUCCCUGUCCUGGUACGGUUAUAGUCGAGGCUGCCAGAUGUUAGUCCCUGUCUGGUACUGUAUAGUCUAGGCUGCCAGAGGUAGUCCCCUGUCUGGUACUGUAUAGUCUAGGCUGCCAGAGGUUAGUCCCUGUCUGGUAACUGGUAUAGUCUAGGCUGCCAGAGGUUAGUCCCUGUCUGGUACUGUAUAGUCUAGGCUGCCAGAGGUUAGUCCCUGUCUGGUACUGUAUAGUCUAGGCUGCCAGAGGUUAGUCCCUGUCUGGUACUGUAUAGUCUAGGCUGCCAGAGGUUAGUCCCUGUCUGGUAACUGUAUAGUCUAGGCUGCCAGAGGUUAGUCCCUGUCUCUGGUACUGUAUAGUCUAGGCUGCCAGAGGUUAGUCCCUGUCUCUGGUACUGUAUAGUCUAGGCUGCCAGAGGUUAGUCCCCGUCUCUGGUACUGUAUAGUCUAGGCUGGCCAGAGGUUAGUCCCUGUCUGGUACUGUAUAGUCUAGGCUGCAGAGGUAGUCCCUGUCUCUGGUACUGUAUAGUCUAGGCUGCCAGAGGUUAGUCCCUGUCUGGUACUGUAUAGUCUAGGCUGCCAGAGGUUAGUCCCUGUCUGGUACUGUAUAGUCUAGGCUGCCAGAGGUUAGUCCCUGUCUCUGGUACUGUAUAGUCUAGGCUGCCAGAGUUAGUCCCUGUCUGUACUGUAUAGUCUAGGCUGCCAGAGGUUAGUCCCCUGUCUGGUACUGUAUAGUCUAGGCUGCCAGGGUUAGGUCCCUGUCUGGUACUGUAUAGUCUAGGCUGCCAGAGGUUAGUCCCUGUCUGGUACUGUAUAGUCUAGGCUGCCAGAGGUUAGUCCCUGUCCUGGUACUGUAUAGUCUAGGCUGCCAGAGGUUAGUCCCUGUCUGGUACUGUAUAGUCUAGGCUGCCAGAGGUUAGUCCCUGUCUCUGGUACUGUAUAGUCUAGGCUGCCAGAGGUUAGUCCCUGUCUGGUACUGUAUAGUCUAGGCUGCCAGAGGUUAUGGGAUCCAUUCUGACCCUCUGCACUUUUCACUUCUUUGUUUUGUCCUCUUCACUGUCCUGUCUCAACAUAUAUGUUUAAACCUUAUUAAAGGCAGAUAGAUAAACAGUGUGUCUUCCCCUCUGUCAGGGAGGAGAAGGUAGCCAUCAUGCGUGAGAAGCACUCCGCUCUGAUGCGUCCCGUGGUGUUCGCGCUGGACCAUGUGAGGAGCAUCACCACCACGCCCGCCGAGACCCCCCACGAGACCUGGUUCCAGCAGACCUACGGGGACCCCAUCACCUCGGCCCUGGGGAGACUGAAGAGCCCUCCCAACCCGGCCAACCCGGCCAGCAGCUGGGUCCCAUUCAAACAGGUAGGGCCAGGACCGUGGGUGGGGGUGUGUUUGUUCCGUGAGGGUGUAGGGUGAAGUUGCCCCCCCCCCCCCCUUUGCAUUUUCCCCCACUAAUGGUUAAAGGUAGACUCAGCGAGAUGGCGUUAACACGAACAGCACCGCAGAUAUUGAGAUAUCUAGCUAAUGACAAAUACUCUUCAAAUAGGUAACUGUACAAAAUAAAAUGCUCAUAUUGACAGACAACAUUAACAUUAAAAAGACGAGAGCUAAAUUCAGCAGGCUGGCUAGCUAGCUAGCUACCAUGUCUUGUUUUGGCUGACUGUCUACUCAGCUUGUUAUCAAAACCAAAGUUAAUUUCAGACUCAUCUUAUCCAUCAGAACAAAUACUCUAAAAUGGCAAUAUUAUAAUUACCAACAUAAAAACAUUGUUAUACAGUUUCUUAACUUAAUGUUGCUGUCCUGAUCUCAAUGACAGAGCUGUCAACUUGUUAGAAACCUUUCAGGUCCAGUGAAGGCCAGGCGCCUCCCUGGGGUAGCAUUCACUUUCAGUCACAGUGCCAAAACUCAACAUUUGCUCCAUCCUGCCAAUGAUGCAUUGGCGUCAGUUGUUACUAUGGCAAUUCAAGAUGGCGCUACCAUGCUGUUAGCUUCUGAACAAACAGAGUAAAAACUCACGGACGACUAGAAAAAGCUCAAACCAAGUUUAUUCAACCCACUGGGUCAUACAGCUGCAAAGACAAACAUACAAGUCACACAAGCACAUCUUUUAAAUCUUCCAACGAGGCGGAGUCAUCAGAGGUUAGACCCUGUCUGGUAGGCGGAGUCAUCAGAGGUUAGACCCUGUCUGGUAGGCGGAGUCAUCAGAGGUUAGACCCUGUCUGGUAGGCGGAGUCAUCUCCUUGCAUGUUUAAGAUACAAUCCUUCUCUGUCAGGCAGAAACACAGUAGGUUCCUCUUACUGGUGUUGUCAUGGCCCUGCCUACGUCUAGAGCUCAUGGCCGUGGAAAUAUGUGUGUGUGAGAGAGGACUAUAAUCAGAUGGUCUUCGGGGUGAGCCCCUGUGGCCCCCCUCCUCCUCCUCCCAGCAGUGUCUUCUCUCUUCAUCUGUUGUACUCCCGAAUGGGGCAGUGGUCUAAGGCAUGCAUCGCAGUGCUAGCUGUGCCACUAGAGAUCCUGGUUCGAGUCCAGGCUCUGUCGCAGCCGGCCGCAACCGGGAGACCCAUGGGCGGCGCACAAUUGGUCCAGCGUCGUCCAGGGUAGGGGAGGGUUUGACUGGCAGGGAUAUGGGUUCGUUUCCCACGGGGGGCCAGUAUGAAAAAAACAAAAACAACGUAUGCAUUCACUUACCCUGUAAGUCGCUCUGGAUAAAUCUGUUGACCUUAUCUCGAGUUAAGUUCCACAUCCAUCAUGGUCCAUGGUUCCUCAGCAGCUGGACCACCUUAUCAAGAACUGAAACUAGACUGUUGCCCUUUGCCUCCCUCCUAAGGAACAUUCAUAUCAACAAUAACAUAUUUGAACAGAAUAUGAACUUUCUGCAUUUCCCCUUUUGUCACUCUCCACGUCACUCUCCACGUCGCUCAGUCACUCUCCACGUCGCUCAGUCACUCUCCACGUCGCUCAGUCACUCUCCACGUCGCUCAGUCGCUCUCCACGUCGCUCAGUCACUCUCCACGUCGCUCAGUCACUCGCCACGUCGCUCUCCACGUCACUAAGUCACUCUCCACGUCACUCACACGCCACGUCACUCUCCACGUCACUCUCCACGUCACUCUCCACACACCUAGUACCUCUUUACCCUUCCUUGACCCCUAACAUAUACAUUCCUUAUACAUGUAAAGUAGCAAUACAUUCUAGUAUGGUAACAUGAAUAAAUAUAUCUCAAGCUAGAAUCCAACAAUACCUCAAAUAAACAUUGUUCAAGAUCCAAAUCCCCUAAAAAUAGAGAUGUUUCUAUGUUAAAUGCACAUGUUUAGUAUUAGUGUAUUGAAGACCUCGCUUUGCUUUACUUCCUAAAGUGUUUCCAUUCCCUUUAAGAUUAGGAUUGGGGGAAGGGAAGCUGGUCCUAGAUCUGUGCUUAGGGGAAACUUGACCCUGGUGUGUGGAAGUGCUUUUUGUUUCCAUGACUGUCCAUGUAUCUGUAACCUUUUGAAAUGUAUACAUUUCUGUUGAAUGUGAUGUGAUUUGUGGAUUUAAAUAGUGUUUAAAAUGUGUCUCCUAGAUCAUGCUGAGUCUUCAGCAGAGGGCUCAGAAGAGGACCAGCUAUCUGCUACGUCUGGACCAGAUCAGCCCCCGCCUGGCUGCCAUGGCGACCACAGAGAUGGCGUUGCCGGGCGAGGUGUCGGCGACGGACGCGUUGACCAUCCAGAGUGUUGGUAACACCAUCACCAUCCUGCCAACCAAGACCAAACCCAAGAAACUACACUUCCUGGGCUCCGACGGACGCAACUACCCUUACCUCUUCAAAGGUAGCUAACAGACACACACUUAGCACACACACACACACACGUUUCCAUUUUAGUCAUUUAGCAGACGCUCUUAUCCAGAGCGACUUACAGUUAGUGAGUGCAUACAUGGACGCAACUAGCUCUACCAGACAGAACGACCUCCAGGCAGACAACCAGCAGGAAUAUAAAGCCUGAACCUCAUUCUCCUCCCUUCUACCUCCAUCCCUCCCUGCUCUCUCGUUCCCUCUCUCUGAUUUGACCCUCAUCUAUUCCCCCCUCUCUCUCUGAUUUGACCCUCAACUAUUCUCUCUCUUUCAGGUCUGGAGGACCUCCACCUAGAUGAGAGAAUCAUGCAGUUCCUUUCCAUAGUCAACACAAUGUUCACCAAGGUACGUACGAUCGUUCAUUGAUUAAUCAUUUAAAGUACAAGGCCG